CACACAAACAGUAAUACACUUUGAACUUCAUGAGAGGGACUGAAAAGAAUGCAUUACUCUAUUUAUCUGCUUUGAUUUUUAGACGUCUAGAGAGAUUUUUCAACACUUUUGCAUGGCGAGGAAUUUGAAGCUGGAAUGAAUAAUAUGAAUACGAGUCUAGGGAAGGUUUCAGUAGAAGUACCAUCUAAGCCUUCUGUUUUCACAUUUGUGCCAGUGGUUCAGAAAUUACCAAUUGAAAGCCUUAUUACUGAAGAAGAGAGAUGUGGAGCUCUAACAGGAAAGCCAACUAAGCUGGACCACACUGUAACCUGUUUCUCCUCUGAUUCAUUCACAUGGAGCGAAGUUGUGGCACGAGACCAUAGCUGUGUCCCAUGAGGAGACAACCGGGGACACCAUGACGGACGGAAACAUUUUCAAAGCAGAGAGAGUCUUCAUCAAGGACUCUGUGGAGAGAGGAGCAGGAAAAACAGUCCAGCCGGGGACGAAAUUUCAACUCAAACUGUCAUCGGACGACGUGAGCCUCUGUCAAACUGAAGCCUGUCCUUCUGUCAGCGCUCAGUCUGAAAAUACGCCCAACCACGUGGCUGCUGGGACGGCCUCUAUGGAAACAGCUGUUGAUAAAUACAGGAGCAUUUCCCGGUGGCAGUGUCACGAUACUGCUGGAAACGCUGAGGUUAGCUCAGGUUUCUAUGCAAAUAGAGCGUCAGUGUCAGAAGACAGAAUGAGCCCCACAAACUCUGCAGAUAUUUUCCCCACCCCGGCCUCAUCCAGAGAGUCUAUCGUCUCAGAGGGCUCGGACAAGGAGAAGAGAUGGUCCGCCGUGCAGCCUUCCUCUGUAACCUCUCCUGCCUCAUUCAGCCGCACUGUUUCUCCCUGUUCAUCUGUCCUCUCUGGCAUCUUCUCCCCUGCUGUUGUCCAGAUCAAGAGGCACUUUCUCGCUCCUGGCUCAAGUCUGAUUCACACCCCCCAGACCUGUUUCUCAUCCUGCGAGAGCCUGUCCUCCUCUGUCUGUCCCCAGUCCCCCCCACCCCGGCACCGACCUCCUCUCACCCGACUCUCACUCCUCACUGCAAUCCUGAGAAAAGGCCGUCUCCCCGUUCUGUCGCCUGCUCUGCAGAGGCCUUACACCCCCUGCUGGCCGGUCAACCCCGUGACCCUGUCUUUCUGUAAUGCCUGCUCAGCGGCCUCCAGUGUGGCCUCGAUUCCCCUGGAGUUUUCCUCCCAGUUCUCCUCAUCAGCAUCUAUAGAUAGUCAGAGCCACAUUCACAGGGAGCCUCAUAGAUGUGUCACUGCUCCUCCACCUGUGCAGUUAAAUGAGCUCAGCAGUACAUGCCCUCAAACUAAAGUGAAAAGAUGCUCAGAGCAGAUUUUCUCAAGCAGUGCGCCUCCACAGGAGCAGGCCGUUUCACAUGUGCUGGUGAAGAGCAGCACGCUUCCCCAGGUUCCUCUGUUUUGCUCUAACUUAAAAUCUGUUUCUCCACCAAAGCAUGAAGAAUUAGACUGUGCACCUUCCAAAAAAAUGCAACACACACACACGUCUGCUUCCAAGUCCGCAGAGAUAAAGCAGAGCGGUGUUCAAACGUAUCUCAAGGGCCGUGCAGAUAAUAACCUUAGAAAACUAAUCUCCUCCUCCCCUAAACUUAAUAAUGAGCACGAGACCUCUGCAACCCAGAAAUGGAGACCAAAUUCAUCUCUCUCAAGGCUUCACUCGCUGUCUCAACAACUGAGAUCCCCGCCCCUCUGCUCCCCUCAGCUUCAGCCUUUACACUCACCCGGUGUCACCCGCACAGGCCCAAUAUCACCUUUGCAUCCUUUACAAAACACCACAGGAAGGUGUGAGUCAGGGAGGAGCUGCCCUGAUUCCAAAAAUGUCACAAAAUCAGAGGGUUUUCACAAAGCUCACUGUCUGUCUCCUUCCCGCUACACACCUAUCAUUUUCUCUGGAUGGCCUUCACCCACCAGCUCCCCCACGCCUACGCCCUCUCCUGCUCCACCAAACAGAGACCUCACCCCAUCCCCUUCUCUCUCCUUGUGCUCAACGCCCUCCCCAAGGCCUGGGAGUGGAAUAUCAGACUGCAGUGACAGGGAGGGUAAAAAAAGAAAGACACACAAGAUUAAAUUAAGCUACAAAUCUCUCGCGGCAAUUCCCACGAACACCCUUCUGUUGGACCAGCAGGCAAUAGACGAGCAAGUAGAGAGAGGAGGGAGUCCGCGUGACACGCCGGACAGAGGUGUUACAUUGGACGGAGGUGUUACAGACACCCAUGCUGAGAUGUGUUCACCUGCUCAGCUCCGGCAACAGUCAGAGGAACUCUAUACAGUUAUUGACGAGAUAUUGGCAAAUUCCACUCCAACAACAUCCCAGUCGCUGCAGUCCUCCAGAUCAUCGACUCCCAACCCUGGUCUGCAGCAAAGCAACUCAUCAUUUCCUAAAUCCUUGGGGCGUGAAACCAAAUAUGCAUCUUUAUGCAGCUUGCACCCAUCUGCUAGUGCCGAAAGAAACAUUACGGAUCCUAAAAAGACAAAGCCUGGGGUUAUUCGUCCAAUGACGGCCAUUCCAAGACUGACGGUGGAAGAUGAAGAAAUAUUUUAUCCAAAUCCCUUCAAACUGUCUGAUGUCAAGGAAACCUUAACUGGCAGCAAAAAGGUGGAGCCAAGAAAAGAUUUUUACACAAGUUCAAAACCCCAAAUGUUGAGAGAGGAGAAGAAGCCUGAAAGAAGAUCUCCGUUCUCUGUGUGUGCCCUGCGGAUUACAGAGCCCGAAGACCAGAUCAGUCAUCCAGUGAAAACGUGUUUCAGUCCUACUGAGGGGCGGAUGGAUGCUUUUGAGACUCAUAUUUAAAGUGUUAACACUUAAGCAUUCACCAUCAAGUCUGUUAAGACUCAACCAGUAUAGAAAGCCAUUACACAGUUAAAGGAGGAAUGACAGUUAACUGCACCUUACAUUAAUUUUUGAAUGACUGCAUAUCCCGCAUAUUAUCAGCUGACAACAAGGAUUUACAACCUGAUUUCAAAACAUAUCUGGACCCCGUCUAAAACAUUAAUAAAACAGAAUUUGAUCAUUUCUAAAACCCUUUUGACAUAUACUGAAAUGAAAAAAGUACAUUGUAUUUAAUGCUUUCCCCCAACUUUGUGUCUGAAACACAAGCUUGUAUGAAAGAUUCAGGCUCAGGAACACUUUGUACAAGUAUUGUUGUACAAACUACAGGGCUCAUGUGCAAAUGAUUGCAUUCGGAUUUUGUUCACGCCUCAGAGAGUGUUCAAACUUUUUUGCAAUUAGGGUUGUGUUAUGUUUUACAGAGAUGAUAAAAAUGCAUGGCGCUGUCUGUUCCUUAACCCCACCCUACACCCCUGGGUGGGUGGGGGCGGGGUGUCUAUUUUUGGUCAAAAAUAGACAAAACUGUCAUUCUAGCCCCCAACAAUCAACUGUGCUGUAAUGUACUGAAAAGUUAUUCUCAAGAAACAAUCUGUACAUUGAGAAAUGAGCAACAAGCACAGGUGGAUGAAGCAGGUAGUGAAAA